GCGAUCUACACGGCUGGUAUCCCACGCCCGCUCCGUGGAAUCCUGGCUGCAGGUCUUUCCUGAUGGGCUCAAUCGGCUCGGCUGUCGCCCUCGUCGCACCGGCUUCUUCUUGGUGGAGCCCAGCAGCUUCAAGAAGUACAUGUAUGAGGCGGACGAAGGUCCCAUAAAGCCGCCUCUCGUUCCGAAGGGUCCAGUGGUAGACCAAAGUGGCAAGCCGACUGGCCAGACGCUGGAGAAGUCAAAUGGUGAGAUGCCCAACGACAAGGACCUGGAGCGAGUUCCUCUCGGUGCAAAGGCUCCGCCGGGAGAGUUCCCUCCACCGAAAGGGCCCGAGAGGAUAUCUCACAGCGAUGGGCCCGUCGAGCACAAGAUGGACGAGGAAUCUGAGCAGGCUGAAAAGCAGUUGGAGGAUGAUCUAUCCGACACGGAGGACAUGGACGAGGGGGAUUUGAAAACUGCUGAAGCCAAUAUGGUGGAAGACGAUGGAGGCAGCUGA